GCUGUCGGACUUGGAGGCAGAGAAGAGUCGCGAGACUUGACUAGAUCUCCCUUUCCAGACUCCGCCCCUCCAUCCCAGCUCUUCUCCUGGCGCCGCUUCCCCGUUUGCACGUGUAAUUGUUGUGGUUCAACCUCACGUGGCCGCGGAAGUGCCGGCGGCUUCCAAGAUGGCGGCGCCCAGUGUCAGGCGCCGAUGACUCGCCUCCGGUCUGAAUUACAAUCCUGAUCCAGUCUAUGGGGCCAUGGACCGGCCUGGGUUCACAGCCUCGCUGGUGGCUGGCGGAGUAGCAGGUGUCUCUGUUGACUUGAUAUUAUUUCCUCUGGAUACCAUUAAAACCAGGCUGCAGAGCCCCCAAGGAUUUUAUAAGGCUGGUGGUUUUUAUGGAGUAUAUGCUGGAGUUCCUUCUACUGCUAUUGGAUCCUUUCCUAAUGCUGCUGCCUUUUUUGUCACCUAUGAAUAUGUGAAAUGGAUUUUGAACACUGAUUCUUCUUCAUAUUUGAUGCCUGUGACACAUAUGUUGGCUGCCUCGGCUGGAGAAGUGAUUCCACGUGUAAGUGAUGCCAUACUGUAUUUGCCGUUCUCUGUUGCACUUGGCUCAGCGUCACGCCCUCCAAGUCCGUCUACGUUGCCGCUGCAGGUUGCCUGCCUGAUUCGAGUUCCUUCUGAAGUAGUUAAGCAGAGGGCACAAGUAUCUGCUUCUUCAGGAACAUUUCACAUUUUCUCUAACAUCUUAUGUCAAGAGGGCAUCCAAGGAUUAUAUCGAGGCUACAAAAGCACUGUUUUAAGAGAGAUUCCUUUCUCAUUGGUCCAGUUUCCCUUGUGGGAGUCCUUAAAAGCCCUCUGGUCCUGGAGGCAAGGUCAUGUGGUGGAUUGUUGGCAGUCAGCAGUCUGUGGAGCUUUUGCAGGUGGCUUUGCAGCUGCAGUCACCACGCCUCUGGACGUGGCCAAAACAAGAAUCAUGUUGGCAAAGGCUGGUUCCAGCACCGCAAGUGGGAAUAUCCUCUCUGCCCUGCAGGCGGUUUGGCGGACACAGGGGCUGUCGGGGUUAUUUGCAGGUGUCUUCCCUCGGAUGGCAGCCAUCAGUCUGGGAGGUUUCAUCUUUCUUGGUGCUUACGACCAAACUCGAAGCUUUCUGUUGGAACUUGGCAGAGAGAGCCCCUGAAUCAGAGAUGGCCCCUCCCUUCAAGAAAGGACCCUGCUGUGAGAAGAGUUUCCCUUCCAGUGAGCAGCUGUCCAGCCAUCUGAACAACGAGACACAGUGCGGAAGUCCAGUCCCACUCGGGUUACAACAUGGAGGACAUGUCUUCCGCGCUGCAGGCUGGCUGGGGUGACGUCAUCGGCUCGUUUGCCAGAGUUGAGAGAGAAAAUGAUGUCUGUCCACCGUGGUACUUUGAACAUUUUUUUCCUCAACUCCUUAAUAAAUAAGCAUGGCAAUGCUGA